UCAUAUAAAAAAUAAAUAUUAUUUUAUUAUUUUUUAAUAUACAGUUUUAAUUUAAAAAGUAAUAUAGUAAUAACCAUGAUGAAAAUCUACUUGACACUAUUAACAACAACAAUAUUAUCUGUUAAUAUUGUUAUGUCGACACUGUUGACGGAUACUAAGCCCAGUGCCGAUCCCCGACAUAACAAUGACUACUAUAAACAGCUAACUAUACCCGUAAUCAAGGAUCAGAUGCGCCAGAAUAUGCAAUACGUCGGCCGUAUGAUGGACUCGGCUCAGGCUAUACUGGCGGCCACUGGGUUAUCGGUACCCAAUAUGUUGUAUACGGACGCGCGUGAGUUUGUCCUGAAAACUCUGGCACCGGAAACCCUGUGCGCACUCGACGCGUGUCAAUCGGAACAAAAUAAGACAUUGUUUGCUAUGAUUGCACGUGAAGUAUACGGUUUCCGACAUAUGAGUGACAGGAUAUUCAAGGAACGGCAACAACGAUCGGUGUUCAAUACGACUACCGGUGCCGCCUAUGAACAGCAACUCUGGACAGAUCUUAAGGCUCGGGAGGAAUCACUGUUUCAGGCACUGACCUAUAUUGCCGAUGUCAAGUCCCGGGGCCCGAAUGGCUUUGAAUUUUUGAUCCCAUUCCACAAAAUGAUCUACACAUUUUUGGUAAAUGAGUAUCCCAAAAUUAACCAGGCUAUUCAAAAAUUGCCAACCAGUCAAUUACGUAUCAAAAAUAUGCAAUUGCUCCUGGAUGAUUUUCUAUUACUCACUCAAGAACCAUGGUGA